AUGCUUUUCAGAGCAGCACUCAUUUUCCUGCAGGUCCUCGCCUCUGCGGUCCUCCUGUCCAAGGCACAUCCCGAGGACGAGAUCAAGGAGGCGAUAACGGUGGAUGAUGACCUCCUGGAAAGUGCCCUUUCUGCUGCAGACAUAUCAGAGGAGCCUGCAGACAUUAAUGCAGGGAAUACACCGGUUAUAAGGCCUGCUGGAUUCAGAAGACGGUGGAGACGGAUUUGGCGAAGAGUUGAAAACGCAUGGAGACGAAAUCAAGACAUUGUGAAACCGGUCGUUGUAGGCAAGCUGGUUGGUGGUGCUAUUGCUGCUGCAUAG